AUCAUCAUCAUAGAUCGAAGUUCGCCAACACGUACCAGGAGGACUCGCAGCAGAGUGCAUCCGGAACGUUAUUUGAAGCCUUCAAAAAAUUAUGUCACGGAGUGUGGCAUCUGUUUCGUGAUGCAAGCACACCCAAAUUGCUUGGCUGUCCCCUAUACAUUACCUGUGUAUAAAAGCCAGCGUACUCAGGUUAGUUGUUGAUUCAGACCGCAAAAUCAAAUUUCAGCCAUGAAAUUCACUUCACUCACCACUAUCAUCUCUGCCGUGGCAAUGACUGGCGUAGCCAUCGCAUCUGAGGAUGUGAACAUAACACCCUUGAACUUUCCCUGCACAGGAGUUGGUGAGCACUUUUGCAACCUACAUGGAGACCUUGAACCACAUGCUUAUGGCUAUCGAUUGAUCAAGCGGGGUGCUCAGCUAUGGGUGGGUUCAAUCACGGAAACGGGUUCGGGUAUUACUGUUCCAAUAACAAAAUCUGGAAGUAUACGCCAUGCCCGAUCGGACAAAGAUGUCAUGUCACCAGUCCGAGUACGUUCGCAUGUUCAUGAGUGCUGAGCCUUGAGCCUCAGCCAAUUCCAUAGUG